AUGAGACGGCAGGCGCCUCAGGUCAGGAGGCUUCGACCCUCAGCCUUUACACCGUCAGCGAGAGCGCGGCCAGGGUUUGUGUGCAGGCAGUGCCGCGCAAUCCAGAUUAGCGUAUCCCCCACCACCGACUCGCGGCCCGCCGCCGACGCCUUCGGAGCAUAUCCGGGAUCGCAGCGGGACUCAGCAGAUGCCCGGUUCGAGGUUCUGGGGUCACCAUACUCCCUACUCUCGGUCACACUGUCGGCAUCGCAGCGGCUCUACACAAGGCGCGGAACGCUGGUGUCCGUCGCCGGCAAGGUGGAAAAUGCGCAAUCCACCCUCUCGCUCCUCCCGCCCCUCCGCCGAGCCUUCCUGGGCAUCCCCUUCCUCUACCAGCGCAUCUCGUCGACCACGCCGAUCACCGCCCUCAUAGCCACCAAGUCGCCGCACACGAGCCUCUCCGUGCUCCACCUCGACGGCACAACCGACUGGGUCGUCGCCCAGCGCAACGCCCUGCUCGCCUGGACGGGCCACACGCUGACGCCGACCCCGCGCGUGCAGCGCGGCCUGCCGCCGGCCCACUGGGGCAGCACGCACCUCACGGGCCGCGGCCUGGCGGCGCUCGCCGCGCCGGGCCAGGUCUACGAGCUGGCGCUGGGCGACGGCGAGGAGAUCGUGCUGCACCCGUCGCACGUCGUGGCCUACGCCGUGACGCGCAACCCGCCGCUGCCUUUCCGGCUCCGGAGCACGACGCGGCUGAGCCUGCAGGUUCCCGCGCUGCCGGCGUCCGUGAGCGGCGCGGCGGGGCGGCUGGUGCCGGAGCGGGCGGCGCGGUUUUGGAGGGCCAUGCGAGAUACCGAGACGUACAAGGCCGUGGCGAGGUUGCUGUUCGGCUUGAGGACGGCUGCGAGGCGGACGAUAUGGGGAGAUCGGCUUUUCCUGCAGUUCAGCGGGCCCAUGACGGUGCUGAUGUCGACGCGCGGCGUGAGGGUGCGCGAUGUUCUCAGCAGGGAGGACGUGAAUGAGAUCGCGGACACGGAGGCCGGGGUGGUGCCCGCGGCGGUGGAGCGAGCCAGCAAGCCCAGGGUUUCGGAAGAGAAGCGGCCGGAGGAGAAGCCGGUGACCAUUCACGUUGCCAACGUUGGGAAAGACGGGAAGGUCAGUUUUGAGGACGCCAAGGAUUUGAACGACUUUGUACGGUGA